CAGGGCCUGGUCCUGAGCCAGGCCGUGCGCGGCAUGGGUGGGAAGCCUUGCUCGGCUUCGGUGACGCUGAGAGGGCCGGGAAAAGUGAAGGCCCAGACAUGGCGGCCGGGGUGGCCCCGGAGCGGAGAGACGGAGCCCGCGUCCUCCAUCUGCUUCCGGAAUCUAAAGGCGGUUUCCGGGAGCCGGGAUGGUGUCCCCAUGACAACCGCCGUUGGCCCUGGGAGGUGGAGAGUGGUGGAUGAGGACCGGGCCCAAGGGAAGAACUGAUUUAGAGGAACUGAACAGCUUUUCCUCUGUGCUGGGGACAGAACCAGGAGCUAUUUUCUGGAGAACUGUGGAAUGUGCCCUUGGGGACCCAAGAAAGCAGAAGGAAGAUGCUGCAGACCAGUAACUACAGCCUGGUGCUGUCCUUGCAGUUCCUGCUGCUGUCCUAUGACCUCUUUGUCAACUCCUUCUCAGAGUUGCUCCGAAUGGCCCCUGUCGUCCAGCUGGUGCUCUUCAUCAUCCAGGACAUUGCAAUCCUCUUCAACAUCAUCAUCAUUUUCCUCAUGUUCUUCAACACCUUCGUCUUCCAGGCUGGCCUGGUCAACCUCCUAUUUCAUAAGUUCAAAGGGACCAUCAUCCUGACAGCUGUGUACUUCGCCCUCAGCAUCUCCUUUCAUGUCUGGGUCAUGAACUUACGCUGGAAAAAUUCCAACAGCUUUGUUUGGACAGAUGGACUUCAAACGUUAUUUGUAUUCCAGAGACUAGCGGCAGUGCUGUACUAUUACUUCUACAAACGCACCGCUGUGAGACUGGGUGAUCCUCGCUUCUACCAGGAUUCUCUGUGGCUGCGCAAGGAGUUCGUGCAAGUCCGAAGGUAAACGGUUGUCCUCCACCCCCCUGGAGAUCCUGUUCUUUCUGAACGGCUGGUAUUAUGCUACCUAUUUCCUGUUGGAACUCUUC